AUGCCUCUUCGGUUAGAUGUAAAGAGAAAGCUCCUUGCACGAUCAGACCGUGUUAAAUGUGUUGAUAUCCACCCAACAGAACCAUGGCUUCUUGCCGCUUUAUACAACGGAAAUGCUCAUAUUUGGAAUUAUGACACCCAAACCUUAGUGAAAACUGUCGAGGUUUGUGAUCUCCCAGUGAGAGCAGCUAAAUUCAUAGCUCGCAAAAGUUGGAUAGUUACUGGCUCGGAUGAUAUGCAUGUCAGAGUCUUUAACUAUAAUACCUUAGAGAGAGUGCAUCAAUUUGAAGCUCAUUCAGAUUAUUUGAGAUCUAUUGUUGUACAUCCUACUCAAUCAUUCAUUAUCACAUCCAGUGAUGAUAUGAUGAUCAAACUGUGGGAUUGGGAUAAUAAAUGGCAGAUGAAGCAAUGUUUUGAAGGACAUACUCAUUAUGUUAUGCAAGUUGCUAUUAAUCCUAAAGACAAUAAUACUUUUGCUACAGCUUCUUUGGAUAAAACUGUUAAGGUUUGGCAAUUUGGAAGUCAACAACCUAACUUCACUUUGGAAGGACACGAGAAAGGAGUUAACUGUGUUGAUUAUUAUCAUGGUGGAGAUAAGCCAUAUCUGAUUUCUGGAGCCGAUGAUCAUCUUGUCAAGAUUUGGGACUACCAAAACAAAACAUGUGUUCAAACUUUGGAUGGUCAUGCCCAAAAUGUUUCUUCCGUUUGUUUCCAUCCUGAGCUCCCUCUCAUCAUUACUGGAAGCGAAGAUUCAACAGUUCGCUUAUGGCAUGUUAGCACCUAUAGACUCGAAACGACUCUCAAUUACGGAUUAGAGAGAGUGUGGUGUAUUCAAGCUCAGAAGGGGUCCAACACAGUAGCUAUCGGUUAUGAUGAAGGCUCUGUUACUCUUAAAUUGGGAAGAGAAGAACCAGCUGUCAGUAUGGACUCCUCUGGUAAAAUUUUGUGGGCAAAACAUUCCGAAAUUCAACUCGCCAAUUUGAAAACUCUUGAUGCUGAUGCUGCCGAGAGUAUUCAAGAUGGAGAGCGUUUACCAUUAAUGGUGAAAGAUCAAGGAGCUUGUGAGAUUUAUCCACAAACUCUUUCUCAUUCUUCUAAUGGAAGGUUUGUUGUUGCUUGCGGUGAUGGAGAAUACAUUGUGUACACUGCCAUGGCUUUGAGAAACAAAGAUUUUGGACAAGCGUUAGAAUUUGUUUGGGGUGCUGAUCCUAAUAUGUUCGCAGUUCGUGAAAGCGCUACCAUCAUCAAAAUAAAGAAGAAUUUCAAGGACUACAAGCAAAUCAGAUCUGAUACUGUCGUUGAAGGAAUUGACGGUGGUCCAUUACUCUCUCUCAGAUCAACAAACUCAUUAUGUUUCUAUGAUUGGGAAGAUGCCCAACUUGUCAGACGCAUCGAAAUUUCUGCCAAGCAUGUUUACUGGAGUGACAGUAAUGAGCUGGUUGCUAUUUGCGGAGAGGAUUCUUUCUACAUUCUCAAAUACAACGCUGAAGCCUUCUCCGGAGCUUCACCUGAUGAAAUAACUGAAGAUGGUGUCGAAGAUGCCUUCGAAGUUGUGGGUGAACAAAGCGAAGUUGUUAAGACCGCUUUCUGGAUUGGAGAUUGUUUUGUUUUCACCACAUCUCUCAAUCGUUUGAACUACUAUGUUGGUGGUGAAAUAGUUACUAUUGCACAUAUGGAUAGACCACUUUACUUGUUGGGUUACAUGGCCAAGGAGUCCAGAAUUUAUGCUGUUGACAAGGACCUCAAUGUUGUUUCAUAUAAGCUCCUUUUAUCUGUUUUGGAAUAUCAAACAGCUGUGAUGAGACGAGACUUUGAUUCAGCCGACAAGAUCCUUGCAACUAUUCCUAAAGAACAACGCACACGAGUUGCUCAUUUCCUCGAGAAGCAAGGAUUCAAAAGACAGGCUCUCAGUGUUUCACAGGACCCUGAUCACAAAUUCGAUUUGGCUUUGAGCUUAGGUGAUUUGAAAACUGCGUAUGACUUGGCUCUCCAAAGUGAUAGUGAGGAUAAGUGGAAGUUGCUUGCUCAGGCUGCCACUUUGAAAUCUGAGUUGAUGCUAGCAGGAGAAUGCCUGGGAAGAGCUCGUGAUUUAGGAGGACUUUUGUUAUUGGCCACAUGCGCUGGAUCAGCUCCUUUAUUAACAAAACUCGGCAACGAUUCCGGAGCUCUUGGAAAUCACAAUGUUCAUUUCUUGAGUAAUUUAUUAUUAGGUGAUGUCGAUACUUGCUUGGAAAUUCUUAUCAGUUCUGACCGUUUGCCAGAAGCGGCCUUCUUUGCCCGUACUCAUUGCCCAUCACAAGUUCCCCGUGUUGUUGCUAUGUGGAAAGAUAAAGCUUCACUCUCCUCUGGAAAUACUUCGAGAAAAUUCGGAGAAUCUCUGGCAGACCCAGUGAGAUAUGAGAACUUAUUCCCAGACUACGCAGAUUCUCUGAAAGCCGAAUCUUACCUUCGCGAGCUCGCUCGAUUACCCGUUCCCGCGAAUGUCCGAGCACCAUCAAACGCUACCCGAAAUGUUCAACAAGAAAUUGAAAAUGCUGUUGCUGGAGGUGCUCUAUCAUUCACUGAGAAUGGUCAAGCUGUUUUGAAAGGAGUUUCAAGUAGCAAACCUUCCGCUCCUGCUCAAACCAUUGCACCCCCUGUGAAAAUGGAAACUAUGAAGCCACCAGUUUCACCUCUACCCAGAAAAACGCCAACACCCCCACCCAAAGCACCUACUCCACCUCCAAUAAGAGAGCCAACCCCUGAACAAUCCGAUGAGGAAGAACUAGAAGAGAGUGAUGAUGAACCACAGUUGGCUCAACCUGAUAUCGUAUCAGAAAGAGCGCGCCCCGAUAUCUUACCAACCACUGAUACCGCACCUGAUAUUGUGUCUAGUCAAAUGAGAGAUACUCAACCAGAGCUUGUGUCGGACGCUGCUGAAGCUAGAUGGUCUGACGACGACUUUGGUGAUGCUACAGAUGGGAAUGAUAUUAACUUAGACGAUCUGAACCUGGAUGAUGAAGAUUGA